GUAUUGUUGGGUAUUGAUAUUUAAAAAAGCAAAUACAUAUAGCUCAACAUAGCUUGUCUUAUGUCUAGUUGGUCUAGUUCAUGAGUUUACUGAAGGUGUAUAUAAAAAUGUUUGUGCCCUGUGGACGAGUCACAUGGGCACGGGGAUGCCAGCAGCUGACUUAUGCCCGGCUGCUGCAUGCCUGCCAUCCCAGGCACAUCAGGGUGCCACUGCCGACCUCUGCUGUGGCGUGUGUUGAUGUCUCGCGUCUGGCUAUUCAAUGGUCAGGAGUACGGUCAAUCACACUCUCAGCACCUGAUUAUGCCAAGGGCAAGGAUAAGAAGAAAGAAAAAAAGAAGGGUGCGGUGAAGGUGGACGAGUCGGAGAUGGCCGAGCUGAUGGACGUGGAGGCAUUCCGCGGCCGGCUGGACGCCGUCCUCGACCGGCUCCGGGACGGCUUCAUCAAACAGUUCUCCGUGCGCACAUCCAUCG